CCACAUAUGUAAUCCAACCAAAAGAAGGAAUUUUGUCACCUCAAUCUACAUUGGAUAUCACAGUGAAAAUGCAAGUCAAGGGUUCAUCUAGCGUUCAGAACAACGACACAUUUCUAAUCCAGAGUAUGGCUGUUACUGCUGCAGCAUCAAUGGAGGAGAUAAAAGAUAUGUUUGAUAAAGCAAGCUCUCCUAUUGAAGAGUGUGAACGCCGAGUACUUGUCAGCUCGGACGAGGAAAAUAAGAGCGCCGAUCAACAGUUCGAAUCAAUUUUACGCGGCUUCAUAAUUUGCUCAUUGAUUCUGGUUUUUGGCUACAUCUUGAAGCAGACACUAACAUGGAUCUGGAGUUUGGCAGUGGUGGUGACGAUGUUGAUAAUAAACAUGACGAUAAAAUUUAUAAACAAGUUGGUCUCGGAUUCUGUCGAAGACUUGAUCGUGAAGACCCUUUUCUCCAUCAUCAUGUAUGCAUGGGCACACGCGAGUCCUAUGAUACUACAUCGAUGGACAUCUAGAUUCAUGACAGCAUCCAUGUCGAAUGAAAAAUGAAAAUGAUGCGUAGACUCGAGCAUUUCUGUUUCAGACAUCAACAGAAUUCAGCAACCUUUGCCAUAACAAAAUGGCGCGGCUGCUGCGCGUGUACAUCAACCAUAUAUCGUUCGGGCUUGUCGAACCCGGAGUUGUUGAUACUUUGUAAAUGUUUUUCUUGUAAAUUAUACAUGUUGUUGUGCAAAUUACGAGCCCUGCUCAUUGUAAAAGUCAGCCGAGGGCAUAAAAGAUAGUUUGUGAUAGAAAUUUACAUGGUUUUGAGAUUUUAUUUUAAAUUUUAUUUUAUUUAUUUUUUUCGGGGUUUAUGUAGAGAUUAGGGGAAGGUUUUACUUUUAAUUUGGAAUAAUUUUUGUUGUUUGAAUACAUGGUAAUAAAAACACAUAUAAUCUCAAGACGAUAUUAUAUA